AUGUCCAACAACUGGCAAGAAGAGGCGAUGCGCCGCCUGCGCCAGAUGCAGUCGUCGGGCGGAGCGGGCGGACGAGGCCCUCAGAUGCCGCGCGGCGGCGGCCCUGCGCUCUUUGGCGGCGCGCUGCUCAUUGGCGGCGCAAUGUUUCUGUCCAACGCGCUCUUCAACGUCGACGGUGGCCACCGCGCUAUCAAGUACAAGAGGCUCUCCGGCGUCAGCAAGGAGAUUUUCAACGAAGGCACACACAUCAACAUCCCCUGGUUCGAGACACCCGUCGUCUACGAUGUGCGAGCCAAGCCACGCAACGUCUCGUCGCUGACGGGCACCAAGGACCUGCAAAUGGUCAACAUUACCUGCCGUGUGCUCUCACGCCCGCAGAUCGAGGCGCUGCCACAAAUCUACCGCACGCUCGGCACCGACUUUGACGAGCGCGUGCUGCCCUCAAUUGUCAACGAGGUCCUCAAGAGCGUCGUGGCCCAGUUUAACGCCAGCCAGCUGAUUACCCAGCGUGAAAUGGUGGCCAAGCUCGUCCGCGAGAACCUGGCGCGCCGCGCGGCCCGCUUCAACAUUCUGCUAGAUGAUGUCUCCCUCACUCACCUCGCCUUCUCGCCCGAAUUCACCGCCGCCGUCGAGGCCAAGCAGGUUGCCCAGCAAGAGGCCCAGCGCGCCGCCUUUGUCGUCGACAAGGCCCGCCAGGAGAAGCAGGCCAUGGUCGUCAAGGCCCAGGGUGAGGCCCGCUCCGCCGAGCUGAUUGGUGAGGCCAUCAAGAAGAGCAAGUCCUACGUCGAGCUCAAGAAGAUUGAAAAUGCUCGCCUCAUUGCCCAGCAAAUGCAGGAGUCGGGUUCCAAGAACAGGCUGAUGCUCGACGCUGACGGCCUCGGCCUCAACGUGUUUGACAAGGAGGACAGGAACUAA